GGAAAAGGAGGCAUUAGCGUUGAUAUUCGCUGUUACCCGUUUCCACAAGAUGCUGUACGGACGGCAUUUCACUCUCCAAACCGAUCAUCAACCGCUGCUCAAAGUUUUUGGCUCGAAAAAAGGAAUACCAGUUUACACAGCCAAUCGUCUGCAACGAUGGGCUUUGACACUUCUCCUGUAUGACUUCGAGAUCAAGCACAUCUCGACGAUGAAUUUCGGCUACGCAGACUUCCUGUCCCGGCUGAUGUCAUCACAGCGCAGACCAGAUGAGGAUUAUGUCAUAGCUGCCGUCUAUGUCGAAUCCGAAGCAAAGGCGAUUCUCGAAGACUCCAUCAACAAUCUGCCAGUUACACAUCAGAUGAUUGUGGCUGAGACACGUAAGGAUGCUGUUCUGCAGCAAGUGAUUAGUUACAUCAAUGAAGGAUGGCCAGCAAGCGUGAAGCUAAUCACCGAUCCUGAUGUGAAGAAGUUCUUUGUCAGACGUGAGGGACUUCAAGUCGUCGAUAACUGCGUCAUGUUCGGCGAUCGAAUCGUCAUUCCAUCAAAAUUCCGGAAGCAAAUCGUCCGCCAGCUACAUCGUGGACACCCAGGAAUGGAGCGGAUGAAGUCUCUGGCUCGCAGCUACAUUUACUGGCCGAAUGUCGACGAUGAUGUGGCGCAAUUCGUUCGUCAGUGUAAUGCAUGUGCCGAAGCAGCGAAGGCCCCGACGAAAGCAACUUUGGAAUCAUGGCCUCUCCCGGACCGGCCGUGGCAACGAGUACACGUCGAUUUCGCUGGCCCAAUCGACGGACAUCACUAUUUCGUGAUUGUAGAUGCCUACUCUAAGUGGCCCGAAAUUUUUCGCACUAGAUCCAUCACCACGACAACAACUUUGGAACUUCUUCGUGAAACAUUUUCCCGUUACGGCAAUCCAGACACGCUAGUCUCAGAUAAUGGAACGCAGUUUACGAGCGGACAGUUUCAACAGUUUUGCGGUGAGAAUGGCAUCAACCAUAUUCGUACUGCUCCAUACCAUCCGCAGUCGAAUGGCCAAGCUGAACGUUUCGUGGAUUCCCUCAAACGCGGCCUUAAGAAGAUAGGUAACGGGGAAUCACCAACAUUACAGCAUCUACAGACGUUUCUUUCAGUGUACCGAUCAACACCCAACCGGAAUACACCUAAGGGAACAUCUCCAGCCGAAGCGUUUUUUAAAAAGAACGAUGCGCACUACUUUGGAUCUGUUGAGGAAACCAUUCCCUCCAACUGCAGCCGUUAAUCACAAACAAAAUGAACAAUUUAACAAACGGCAUGGAGCGGUCAAGCGUUCAUUUGUGGAGAAUGACUUGGUGUAUGUUGAACAACACGUACACAACAAAAAGUCGUGGGUUCCUGGUCGAGUCAUUGAACCAAAAGGAUCCGUUAACUAUGUCGUGUCGCUUGACUUGCAUGGAAGACAGAAGCUGGUUAGAUCGCAUGUCAACCAAAUGCGUUCUCGCUAUGGUUCCGAAACCCCUGGGCAAGAACAACAACAACUUCCAUGGGAAGUUUUAUUAGAAGAAGUUGGUACUACUGCUGCAGUGAAACCAGCCGGCAAUCAUGUUGCUGUUAGUUUGAACUCUACGAUGCCAGCUGAUGUUCCUGUUUUUGAAAAUCCGCCAACCGAUUUUAACCCGCCAACAACCAAUGAACAAGCAUCUGCAUCAGCGUCGGAAUCCAUUGCAUCCGAAUCCGUCACAGCCGAAUCUAUCGCAUCUGAAUCCGUCGCAUCCGAAUCCA